AUGGCUGCCCGUCCUCAGAACAUUGGUAUCAAGGCCAUUGAGGUCUACUUCCCUCGUCAGUGUGUCGACCAGAGCGAGCUCGAGAAGUUCGAUGGCGUGAGCGAAGGCAAAUACACCAUUGGCCUUGGUCAGACCAAGAUGAGCUUCUGUGAUGACCGUGAAGACAUCUACUCCAUUUCCCUGACCACCUUCUCCUCCCUUCUUCGCAAGUACAACAUCGACCCCAACUCCAUUGGCCGUCUGGAGGUCGGUACCGAGACCUUGCUGGACAAGUCCAAGUCCGUCAAGUCCGUCCUGAUGCAGCUUUUGGCUCCUCACGGAAACACCAACGUUGAGGGUGUUGACAACGUCAAUGCUUGCUACGGUGGCACCAACGCUGUUUUCAACAGCAUCAACUGGCUCGAGUCCUCUGCUUGGGAUGGCAGAGAUGCCGUCGUCGUCUGCGGUGACAUUGCCCUGUACGCCGAGGGUGCUGCUCGCCCUACCGGUGGUGCUGGCUGUGUCGCCAUGCUGAUCGGUCCCGACGCCCCUAUUGUGUUCGAGCCUGGUCUCCGUGCCUCCUACGUCACCCACGCCUACGACUUCUUCAAGCCCGACCUGACCAGCGAGUACCCCGUCGUGGACGGCCACUUCUCCCUCAGAUGCUACACCGAGGCUGUCGACGCCUGCUACAAGGCCUACAAUGCUCGUGAGAAGACCCUGAAGGAGAAGGUCCAGAACGGCACCAACGGCACCGCCCAGGACGAUUCCAAGACUGCCUUGGACCGUUUUGACUACCUCUGCUACCACGCCCCCACCUGCAAGCUGGUGCAGAAGUCCUUCGCUCGUAUGCUGUACAACGACUACCUCACCAACCCCACUCACCCUGCUUUCGCCGAAGUGGCUCCUGAGCUCCGUGAUCUGGACUACGCCACUUCUCUCACUGACAAGAACGUGGAGAAGACCUUCAUGGGUCUGACCAAGAAGCGCUUCGCUGAGCGCGUCAAGCCCGCUCUUGAGGUUGCCACUCUCUGCGGUAACAUGUACACGGCCACUGUUUGGGCUGGUCUGGCUAGCUUGAUCUCCCACGUUCCCUUCGAUGCUAGCGAGUCCAAGCGCAUCGGUCUCUUCUCCUACGGCAGUGGUCUUGCCAGCUCCCUGCUUAGCGUGAAGAUUGUCGGCGACGUGUCCAACCUGGUGGAGAAGCUUGAUCUCAAGAACCGCCUUAGCAACCGCAACGUUCUUCCUCCCCAGUCCUACGUUGAUAUGUGUGCCCUCCGUGAGCACGCUCACCUCAAGAAGAACUUCAAGCCUUCUGGCAGCACCGAGACUCUCUACCCUGGUACCUACUACUUGACUGAGGUGGACGACAUGUUCCGCCGCAAGUACGACGUUAAGGCAUGA